AUGGCGCCCACGGAUCGGCUAUCACAACUCUCUCGGCACUUCUCCUUCGCCAACACCCACGACGUCCCUCUGAACACUCCCUUCAGUAUUGAACGCGACAACCCAGCGAGGAAGCAACAUCAACCCGCAUCUACCGAACACAACUUCUCCACCACCCACCAACCUCAGCAGGAAGAAGAAGCACCAAAGCCCGCCAGAAUGUCUGCCCAGGCCGAACACCCAACCCUCCUCAUCCCGGGUCCCAUCGAGUUCGACGAUGCCGUCCUCCAGAGCAUGUCCCACUACUCCGAGUCCCACGUAUCAGCACCCUUUGUGGCAACGUUCGGCGAGACUCUCACACUGCUGCGUCAACUCUUCCAAACCACUGCACCAGGCUCGCAGCCAUUUGUCAUUUCUGGCAGCGGUACCCUCGGCUGGGAUCAGGUUGCUGCCAACCUCACCGAGCCCGGUGACGACGCUCUGGUCCUGCACACGGGCUACUUUGCCGAUUCUUUCGCCGACUGCUUCGAGACGUAUGGAGUGCACGCCACACAACUAAAGGCACCGAUUGGCGAGCGUCCGCAGUUGGAUGAGGUGGAAAAGGCAUUGAAGGAGAAGAAGUACAAGGUCAUCACCAUCACACACGUAGAUACCUCCACCGGUGUACUCUCCGAGCUCGAGGCCGUUUCCAAGCUGGUUCGCAAGGUAUCUCCCGAGACACUCAUCAUCAUCGAUGGUGUCUGCAGUGUGGGCUCCGAGGAGAUUCGCUUUGACGACUGGGAUUUGGAUGUCGUUAUGACGGCCUCACAAAAGGCAAUUGGGUGCCCAGCUGGUCUCAGCAUCAUCAUGGCGUCUGAGCGAGCCAUCAACACCUUCAAGGCGAGAAAGACUCCACCAACAUCCUACUUUGCAAGCUGGAAGAACUGGUUGCCAAUCAUGCAAAACUACGAGGCAAAGAAGCCAUCCUACUUUGCCACUCCAGCUCCUCAACUCAUCCACGCAUUGAACACAUCACUGAAGCAGGUUCUCUCCAUCCCACUUGCCGACCGGUUCGCACGCCACAAGGCUGUUUCCCAGAAGAUCAAAAAGGCAGUCACAGACCUCGGGCUCAAGCAAUUGGCAUCGAAGCCAGAGAAUCAGGCCAAUGGUAUGACGGCAAUCUACCUUCCCAACAACUUGACACCUCCAGAGGUCCUUCCGACUUUGAUUAAGAAGAACAUUAUCUUUGCUGGUGGACUUCACAAGGAGAUUGCAGCCAAGUAUGUGCGAUUCGGACACAUGGGUGUUUCCGUCAUGGACGAGAGCAGAGAUGACAUUGAUCGUGCACUCAAGGGUCUCGGCGAGAGUCUGCAGGAGGUGGGAUACACCAAGUCUUGA